UCAACUUUUCAGUAGUAUAAAUUAGAACCAUCGUCUUGUGUCUAGGUUGUUCAAUUGGAAUCUUCACUCAACCAGUAGUCACUCUCUGUCUCAAUCUGAACAUGGCGGAAGCUAGUGCACCAGCUGUCCCAAGUAAUGAGUUAUUGGAGUGGCCAAAGAAAGAUAAGCGCCGGAUCUUGCAUGCCGUGUAUCGCGUCGGUGACCUUGAUCGUACCAUCAAGUUUUACACAGAAUGUUUUGGGAUGAAAUUGUUGAGGAAGAGAGAUAUCCCAGAGGAGAAAUACUCCAAUGCUUUUCUUGGUUUUGGCCCUGAAGAGUCUCANCCUUCCUUUCAUAAAAGAAAAAAAAAGGAGAAUUAUACAGAUUAUGGAGUUGAUAAGUACGACAUUGGAACUGGCUUUGGGCAUUUUGCUAUUGCAACACCAGAUGUUUACAAACUGGUUGAGGAGAUAAAGGCCAAGGGUGGAACUGUCACAAGGGAGCCUGGUCCUGUCAAGGGUGGAUCUACUGUUAUUGCUUUUGUCAAAGAUCCUGAUGGCUACCUCUUCGAAAUCCUCCAGCGAGCGUCUACUCCUGAACCACUUUGCCAAGUGAUGCUUCGUGUGGGUGAUCUUGAGCGCUCCAUCAAAUUCUACGAAAAGGCACUCGGGAUGCAACUGGUGAAGAAAGUUGACAGACCAGAGCAGAAGUAUUCCAUUGCUAUGAUGGGAUAUGCUCCAGAGCACGAGACGGUUGUACUUGAGUUGACAUACAACUAUGGUGUGACCGAGUACACAAAAGGAAAUGCUUAUGCGCAGGUUGCAAUAAGCACUGAUGAUGUUUACAAAAGUGCCGAGGUUGUCAAUCUUGUUACCCAAGAGCUCGGAGGAAAGAUAACUAGACAGCCAGGACCAAUUCCUGGACUCAACACUAAGAUAACUUCUUUUCUGGAUCCAGAUGGCUGGAAAACUGUGCUGGUAGAUAAUCAGGAUUUUCUGAAGGAGCUGGAAUCAUCAAAGUAACUGGUCAAGAAGAUGCUUGGUUGUAUUUUACUAGUACUAGAUAUAAAUAAAUUGUCAACUGUGGUAGUUAUCUUCACAUGCAGACUUAUGCAGAUGGUUUAGCACCGUAAUCAACUAUGUUUAAGGACUUUUCUGAGACAUUCUCGUGUGUUACAAUACAAAUAUGACAUCUUUGCCUUAUUAUGAGUAUGUUGUAGUGCUCCCUCUUC